UCUAGGCCUGUAUGUAUUUCUCCAAACACAUAUUGAACCCUUAGUAAGCUGCUUAAUUUACUUUUCUUGGAAGAUCUAUCUUGUGAAGUUAUGGCUGGCAUCUUGUCAAUCAAUUUGUCGUCCGAUGCCUUCGUUUAUCGCUGCUGGGAUUCCCUCGUUGGAAGACAACAUUAUGUCAGCAAGCUCCAGAAAAACCUUGUAGGUUUGACUACGUCUUUAGAAGAACUGAAGUGUUUAAAGAAUGAUGUAAAGAGAAAGGUUGAGGUUUCUGAGCAGCAGCCACACAUGAAGCGGCUAGAACAGGUACAGAUCUGGAUUGUGAAAGUGGAAACUAUGGAGACUCAAGUCCACGAAGUUCUCAAUGCUAGAAUUCAAGAAACUGAGAAACUGUGCUGUGGAGGUUGCUGUUCAAAGAACUAUAUUUCCAGCUACAGGUAUGGGAAAAAGGUGGUCAAGAAGUUGCUAGAAAUCACUGCUUUAAAGGAGGCCGGAGUUUUUCAAGAGGUAGCCGAGAGGUUACCUGCGCCAUUAGUCAGUCAAAGACCUAUUGAGCCAAUUGUGGGCAUGGAAUCCAUGUUUGAUAAGGUUUGGAGCCACAUCGAAGAUGAAGAGGUGGGAGUGAUUGGCUUGUAUGGAAUGGGAGGGGUGGGGAAGACCACCCUUCUUACCAACAUCAAUAACAACUUCCUCCACAGCACUAAUGAUUUCAAUCUUGUGAUCUGGAUCGUGGUCUCCAAGGACUUCAAGCUUGACAACAUUCAAAACAAGAUUGGUGAGAAGAUUGGGUUUUCGGAUGAGACAUGGAAGCGUCAAGGGCAGGAUGAGAAAGCUGAGGACAUCUCCAUGAUCCUAGGCACAAAGAAGUUCGUCUUGUUCUUGGAUGACCUGUGGGAGCGAGUUGAAAUCACCAAAAUUGGAGUUCCAUUUCCUGAUAAACACAACAAGUGCAAAGUACUCUUCACCACGCGUUCUGAGGACGUUUGCGGUCUUAUGGAUGCUCAUGUGAAGAUUAAAGUGGAGUGUUUGGCAUCGGAAAAGGCAUGGACCUUGUUUCAACAGAAAGUUGGAAAAGAAGCUCUUCUAGUUCAUCAAGAUAUCCCUAGACUAGCUGAGAUUGUGGCAAAAGAGUGUGGCGGCUUGCCACUUGCAUUAAUUACGGUUGGUCGGGCCAUGGCUUGCAAGAAGACACCUGAAGAAUGGGAUCAUGCAAUUCAAGUUCUCAAGAAAUCCGCAUCAGAGUUCUCUGGUGCAGAUUUGAUUGAAGCACCCAAUGUUGGAAAAUGGAAGAGCAUGAAAAGAAUAUCUUUGAUGUCUAAUCGCAUGGAGCAUCUAGAUGAAACACCGAAUUCUCCUAGUUUGUUGACCUUGUUUCUUGGAGGAAAUAAUUUGAAGAAGAUUGAUGAUGGCUUUUUCGAUCACAUGCCUAGUUUAAAAGUUUUGGAUUUGUCAGACAAUAAGGAUCUAACGCGGUUGCCAUGUGGAGUUUCAAACCUUGUUUCAUUGCAGCAUCUGAAUUUGUCAGAAACUGGUAUAAAAGAGUUGUCAGAGGAGAUAAAGAACUUAUCAAAGCUAAAAUAUUUGAACUUGGAGUUUACGGGGCAACUUGAUUCUGUUCCACCAAAUUUUAUAUCAAGUUUUCCCAUGCUGAAAGUUUUGAGAAUGUUCAAAUGUGGUUCUUCUGACAAAAUUCUUUUUGAAGGUGAAAUAUCCAUGAUAGGGGAAUUGCAGGGUUUGAAACACUUUGAAGUGUUGACUUUGAGCAUUCGAAGUACAGCUUGCUUUUGCAAGUUUCUCCAGUACCACAGGUUAGUGACCUGCACUGAAGCUCUUCUUCUCAUGGAUCAGAAAAACCAUUCGAGCUUUCUUGAUUUAACAUCUCUGCUGGACAUGAAAAAUCUUGAUUUGCUUCAAAUUUCUGAGUAUCCAAAUUUGAAAGAAAUAGACAUUGAUUGGGCAGGAGCAACUAAUGAUCCUCGGAACUCAAUCAUGACAAACCAAAGUUGCUACAUUGCUCUUCAACACGUAUCUGUAAGCUCUUGCUUCCAAUUGAAUGAUAUGACAUGGCUUAUUUUUGCUCAGAAUCUCAUCAGAUUAUAUGUAUAUGGCUGCUCCGGAAUGCGGGAAAUAAUCAGUUCUCAAAGAUUGGGUGCACAUGUUGUAAGAGACAUGAAACCAUUUGCAAAACUUUCAGUUCUUGAUUUGUGGGGUCUUCCGCUCUUGAGUAGCAUAUAUAGAAGUGCACUGCCAUUUCCAUAUCUGAGUGAAAUCAGAAUAUCUGGAUGUCCAGCACUUAAAGAGUUGCCACUGAAUUCCAGCAGUGCCCGAGGAUGUAAUCUCAUCAUCCAAGGAGAGGAAUGGUGGUGGAAUCGCUUACAAUGGCCAAAUGAAGAUGCUCGAAAUGCUUUCCUCCCCUGCUUCAGACAUCGUAGUAGUAAUCAGGUUCUUCCAUGAACAUGGCAGGUGAUGAGUUAUGAUUAAUCUCAAUUAUAUGAAGUAAGAAGCUUUUCUUAUGCACCUUUCUCAAUUCAUUCCCUGUGAAAUACUCAAAUACAGACCAGUUAUUUCCUGUAUUAUUGUUGUUUGGAUAUUGAAAAUAAAGAUAAAGUGGAUGAUGGUUUGCAAUUCUCUAUAUGUAAUCCAAAACAUCCACACUCAUUUCUUUUGUUUACUUUUAACGCAGGUUACCUGUAUUAUUGUUGUUUGGAUAUUGAAAAUAAAGAUAAAGUGGAUGAUGGUUUGCAAUUCUCUAUAUGUAAUCCAAAACACCCACACU